CCCGACCGGCAUGCGAGGAGCGGGAUGGCCGAAGCCGGGGACUACGCCGUCGUGGUCUCUCCGCCGACGCCCCCGGGCCAGGGCAGGCCUCGCGGCGGGGAGCUGGGCGGCGGCACCCAGGCCUCGCAGCGCCUGCUGGCCUAUAGCGACGCCCUGCUCUCCAUCAUCGCCACCGUCAUGAUUUUGCCCGUGGCCCAUACAAAGAUACACCCAGAUCAGAAACUGGGUGAAAGUGUUCAGCAGCUCCUAGCCACCAAAAUUGCCGUUUACCUGAUGACUUUUUUAAUAGUAACGGUUGCUUGGGCAGCUCAUGUCAGACUUUUUCAAGUGAUCGAACUCAUAGAUGAUGUGCUUGCCCUUCUAAAUUUGGCAUGUAUGAUGCUCAUUACCUUUUUGCCAUACACAUUCUCCUUGAUGGCCUCAUUUCCAGAUGUACCAUUUGGCAUUUUCAUGUUUAGUAGCUGCAGUGUUGUAAUCGGCACUAUCCAGGCAAUCAUCGUAGUGUAUGGCUUCCACCAUCCGUAUUUACUCAGCCAUCAAAUACAGGAGUCUGAAAACCAGGCAUUUUACAAAAAUCAUAUUCUGAAGAUUAUACUAAGAGGGCCGACGCUUAGUUUUUUUGCUGCCAUUGUCUCCUUUUUCUUCAUCCCAUUGGCUUACGUGUUUCUUGGGCUCGUUAUUUUUUUCCCACAUGUCAGCCACCUAACCAAAUGGUUUAAAAGCAAGGUCCUGGGUCAAGAAGACGAAAUCCCUCUGGAGUCUUUUACUUCUUACCUUACAGAACCCCUUAGUAAGGAACGAGUGGAAGCAUUCAGUGAUGGAGUUUAUGCAAUCGUAGCAACCCUUUUGAUUCUGGAUAUAUGUGAAAAUAACGUUCCUGACGCUAAAGAGGUGCGAGAGAAAUACCGUGGGAAUCUCAUCAAUGCCUUGAGUGAAUAUGGUCCAGAUUUCCUUGCCUACUUUGGGUCUUUUGUUACUAUCGGCCUUCUCUGGUUUGUCCACCAUUCACUCUUCCUUCACGUGACAAAAGCGACACGCCUGAUGGGCCUCCUCAACACCCUCUCCUUGGCUUUCGUUGGAGGUCUGCCUCUGGCCUACCAGCUGACCAGCGAGUUUGCAGAGAAGUCUCACAACGAAAUAGAAGCCAUCCAGGUGAGCUGCGUCACCAUUUUCUUCGCCAGCAUCUUUCAGUUUGGCAUCUGGACUGCGGCCCUCUUCCACGAAAGGGAAACGUUGCAUCCUUUUGCACGAUACGGGGGCAAAGAGCAUGCCUUUAUGUUUGCCAAGCUGGCUCUCUACCCUUGUGCGAGCCUCGCAGCCUUCAUCCUGACCUGCAUUGUAAGCAAGCUGAGUACAGAAAUAUUCCACCUAACGCAGAUCGUCGUCCCGUUUGCCUUCCUCGUCUUGCGCAUCUUUGUCAGGGUUGGUUUGGUGGCGUUGAAGUUCCUGGUGUGUCUGUUCAGGCCACGGAAAGAUGUAUUAGAAGAAGAGGAAGCAUGUUUGUCUCCUGCCGAGACCUUGUCAUAGUUUUCCUUGGAAUUCCUGUGGAAUUGCUUCGACUUGAACGUGCCUGGUCCAAGCCACAACUGGGUAUAGUCAACAUUUUACCAGUUUAGAUGCUUUGCUUCAUGAAACAUAAAACGCUUUGAGUGGAGAGAUUUCAGGUGCAAACCCAAGAAAUGGAGUCAUGCAAAUUCCACUGGCCGUAUUUUUGGCUGCAGGUUGGAUGUUUUUGUCAGUGAUUAGGGCUAGGAUGAGGCAUCUAACCACCAAUGUAGUCAGUUUUGUUGCAUAAUAAUAAAAAU